CUCUCUCUCUUCUUUCAUUACCAAAAUAAAGAACCUUUACAAGUUCUCUACACAACACUCACUUUUUCUCUCCAAUGGUGGAAGCAAGAAGCUCAAAGAAACCAACCCAAUUGGGAAAUAAAGAAGAUCAAAACCCUAGACAAUUCUACUCUCGAUUCCUCUUUAAAGCUCUUAUCCUCACCGUGCUUUGCGCCGUCGUACCUGUCUUCCUUUCUCAGACGCCGGAGCUUGCUAACCAAACAAGACUCCUAGAGCUUCUCCACCUAGUUUUCGUCGGCAUCGCCGUCUCUUACGGCCUUUUCAGCCGCCGGAACUACGACGGAGGAGGAGGCGGAGGAACAAGCAAUAGUGAUCACAACAAAGCUGAUCAUAGUAAUAACAAUUCGCAUUCAUAUGUGCCUAAGAUUCUUGAAGUAUCCUCUGUUUUUAACGUGGGUAACGAGAGCGAAUCUGAACCGUCCGAUGAUUCCUCCGGCGAUCAACGUAAGUUUCAGACAUGGAAGAACAAGUAUCACAUGAAAAUUCCUGAGGUUGAGACUCGUUUCGUUGAGCGAGUAAGUUCAGAGAUCAGAGAGAAGCCUCUGCUUUUGCCGGUUCGGAGCUUGAAUUAUCCUCGUGUUUCUGAUUCCUCCGGCGAUAAUUCCGGUCGAUGGGAGAAAGUGAGAUCUAAGAGAGAACUUCUGAAGACUCUCGGUGAUGAUAAUAGUGAUGUGCUUCCUUCUCCGAUUCCAUGGAGGUCAAGAUCAUCAUCAUCAAAGGAGGUUGAAUCUCUACCGUCCAUUAAGAAUAUGACUACAGUUGAAUCACAGCCGUUGAUCAAGAAUCUGACACCAUCUUCUUCUUUCUCUUCUCCAAGAAAGUCGAAUCCUUUACCUAAUCUCGCAUCUCAGAUUCAUCCAUCUCCGCCACCUCCUCCUCCUCCGCCGCCACCUCUACCGGCGUUUUAUAACUCAUCGUCGAGAAAAGAGCAUCCCGGAAUUUACAGGGUUGAGAAGAGAGAAUCAUCAGUUCACAAGACAAAAUUUGCAGGAGGUGAGGUUCAUCCUCCGCCGCCUCCACCACCACCACCUCCGGUGGAAUAUUAUAAGUCAGCUCCGACGAAAUUCAGACUAGGCAGCGAAAGGAGAAAGUCUUCGGAACAAAAGAUGAAAAGAAACUCAUCUAAAAAAGUUUGGUGGUCCGAUCCAAUUGUGGAAUCGAGGCAACUGAGGAAUGAUCAAAGAAGUUUCUUGGGAAGCAAGGCAACUGAGGAAUCGGAAAAUGAACAACAUAGAAGAAGAGAAAAUGAAAUCCACGACGAGGUUGAGAAAAAGAUAGUAGAGGAAGAAGGAGUUAGUGAGAGCAACAAUGGAAGUGACGUGGACAAGAAGGCAGAUGAGUUCAUUGCAAAGUUCAGAGAACAGAUUAGGUUACAGAGAAUCGAGUCUAUCAAGAGAUCUGCUAAUAAGAUCUCUGCAAGCUCCUCGAGGUAGAACAUAUUCAAUAUUUUAAUAAUAGGGAAAAAAACAUUUUCAGUUGAUGUUGGUAAUCAUCACAAGGUUGUAAUAUUUUUGUUACAUUUUAUUCAGCCAGGAAAAAACUGGAAUGGAGUUUUUAUGUGAAUUAAAAGUCAGAUUUGAGU